AUGUCGUCGUGCCAGGCAUGGCGGUCGAGCGCCGCGCACUCCUGUGUCCUGGUCGCGCUCGUCUGCGUCGCCGCUCUCUGCCUCGUCAGCCUCGUCAGAGAGGCGUUGAAGAUCGACGGAGUCCGCGACAAAUGCGUCCUGGUUACGGGCUGCGACAGCGGCUUCGGGAACCACGUGGCGCGGCAGCUGGACCGGCGGGGUUUCCAGGUAAUAGCCACCUGUAUGACCGAGAAAGGAUGCUCGGACUUGGAAGCGGCCGCCUCCCCGAACCUGAGGACCGUCCUGCUCAACCUGACGGACGGCGCGAGCCUCGACCGCGUGGUGGAGCUCGUGCGGAGCGUGACGGGGGCUCGAGGCCUUUGGGGACUGGUGAAUAAUGCUGGAAGGUCCAUUCCAAUUGGACCCACAGAAUGGAUGCAAGUGGAGGACUUCAAGAAGGUUCUAGAUGUGAACCUUAUUGGGAUGAUUGACAUUACUCUCAGGCUGCUCCCACUGGUGAAGAGGGCCCGAGGCAGGAUUGUCAACGUGGCCAGUGUCAUGGGCAGGGUGGCCCUCACUGGAGGAGGAUACGCUCUGUCCAAGUGGGGUGUGGAGUCCUUCUCGGACAGUCUGAGGAGGGACAUGCGUGCCUUUGGUGUGAAAGUCAGCGUCAUUGAACCAGGAUUCUUCAAGACAGCCGUGACCAAUGUGGACCUCAUAGAGGCAGACCUGCUGAGGUUAUGGAACCGGCUGCCUCAAGACAUCAAGGACUCAUAUGGAGACAAGUAUCUGGAGAACUAUGUGAAAGCCCAGAGUUUUGCUAUGAGCAUCCUGUGCAGCAAGGACAUUUCCAAAGUAACCUGGUGUAUGGAGCACGCCCUGACAUCACGAUACCCCAGGACCCGUUAUGGGGCAGGCUGGGAUGCCAAGCUUGUCUGGCUCCCCUUGUCCUACUGUCCAACAUUUAUAACGGACUUUGUCAUCUGUGCUCUGUUUCCAGUUCCCAAAGACACCCGAGUGGUGGGUCCAAGCCAGGUGGAUGUGUCAAGCACAUAAACAAAGGAUUCUUGUACUGAGUAAAACAAAUAUGUCUAAUCAAGUCCCAAACCCUUAGCAGGGACUAACAUUUCUUGCCUAGUACAGCCUGUCCACUAGUAGAAAUGAUGAGAUAUGAAAAGUAUACAACAAGUACUUCUGAAGGUCUGCAUCUGGAAAGCAACCACAGCCCAAGAGCAUAUGAUGUAAAAUCUAUGAAGAC